AUGAUCGACUUUAGAGCGCCUGGCUUCCUUUUGGGGCUGGUGCUCCUUGUUUGCUUGGUCCAGCCGGCAGCUGCUUUCGGAGCUGGCAACAUUGCGUCUGUUUCCAAGGUCGAGGGCCAAAACUGGCGACACGGUGACAUCGAAGAUGCGUUAUUAACCCUGGCCAUGGCCCAUGCCAUCAAGGGCGGCAGGAAGUUCAACAAGCGGACCGUUUCACGAGUUUACUUUGGCAACUGGCUGCGCGACUACUCCCAGGCCAUCGACGUGGGCACCGUCAAGAUGGUCUCUGCCGAGGCUAUUCGACUUCUCCUCUGCGUUCUUGGCUUCAUGUCCUUUGGCUAUGGCUCUGGCGAGUUUGAGGUUACGGCCGAGCGUCUCGGAUGCUACCGCCCCGAAGAUCACAUUGACAACCCCAAGGGCUAUGGAGAAGGUGUCGACGCCCGAGACUAUGACCCCCGCCUGAGAGGUCCCAUCGACGAGGAGGUCGAGCUUGCCGUCGAUCCGGAAACUGGAAUGAAAAACUACAUUGCCAACGAGCGAGCUGGUAUCAUGACGUCCGCUAAACAUGUGCGGAAUCUCUUUGGUCGAUGCAUCGAGCUUGGUCGCCAGUACAAGCAAUCUGGAGAAAAGCCAGAGCUCUACGAAGCCCUCCGAUUGAUGGGAACUGGUCUCCACUGUUUGGAAGACUUUUUCGCUCACAGCAACUACAUUGAGCUUGCACUCAUUGAAAUGGGAGAGCGUGGAAUCUUCCCCCACGUUGGCCGCAAUACUCAGAUUGAGCUGCAAGGCGCUCGUGGCUCCGUCUAUCCUAUCGUGACGGGCACAUUUGGAGGUGUCGACUUCCUCCACUCCGUCACCGGAGAAGUGUCGGAUAAGUUGACUCAAAAUGAAAUUGACGAGCUCGAGGGAGCACUCAACGAAGGCAAGACCGGCGACACGAGCAUGCUCCAGUCCCUUCUCAGCAACCUCCCCCCUGGAAUCAUUGGAGGCAACCAAGGAGACAAGAUCAACGAGCUUCAGUCCAAUGCGUCUGCCGCCCAGGAAGAAACCGUCCCAGUCUCUCCCAAGGAUCCCGAAGAAUUCACCGUCUACAUCAAGAAUAUCUUUCGACAGAUUAUGCCCGUCAUUGAAUUCCACGAUAGCAUUAUGAAGAGCAUCAGCGGUGCGAUUGAGAACAUCCCUAUCCUUCCCAAGAUUAUUGAACAGCUGGAGGAGCAGCUUUCCAUUUUCGUCUUUUCCAUCAUGGCACCUUUCAUUGUUCCAUUGAUCCACCAGAUCAAGAACGAACUUCAAACCGGAUCCUCAGAAAUCAUCGAGAGCAGCAAGAAGGAGCAGCACAUCGUUUUUGACGAUGACUACUCUUCUGAUCCUACUCAUUCAAUGCUCUCCAAGGACCAUUUCUCCAACAUUCUCAACGAGAUUGCCGGUCGAACUGCCGCCAGGAUGCUCCACUGGGUUGUGCCACAAAUCAUGGAAGCCAUUGAUGACGAUUCAGUUGAUAUCGACCGCUUGCUGGAACGCAUUGUAAACGGUGUCAUGCACCACCCCGCCCAGCGUGAUAUGGGCUAUGAUGGUGUUGCCGAGGCGCGACAGCUCAUCUUUAACUCUGUCCAAGAGUGGUGGCGUGAUAUGGGUGAGGACCAACAGGAGGACUAUCGUCGCAAGCUCUCUCCACAGGGAAUUCUCAACGGUGAAAACCACAAGGAGGGUGUCCACGAUACCGGCCACGGCUGCUCGGGUAAGUUGAAGAUGCGCAAGGAGUUUGGCGAGCCUCAGGGCGUCGAGGACCAGAUUGCUGGCGCCGCCGCAACCGCCAUCUUCUCCGGCGCUACCGGUGCCCUAUCUGGGUUUGUUUCCCAGAAUACCGGCGUCGACAUUCCCUUUACCCAGCAACAGCAGUCAGGCGGAGACGAUGGCGGCAUCGGUGGCCUCAUCAGUGGCAUGGCCGGUAGCCUCCUGGGAGGGGCCUUUGAGCAAGGCUCGACCCAGAGAGAAACUAGUUACGAGACUGGGGAGGACGGCUCCUAUACGCAACGCCAACGGGAGUAUGGCCAGGAGGGAGAUCGAUAUGGCCAAGCUGAAUACAGCCAAACUUAUCGCCCCGACGGUGGACGCGAAACCUCGUAUCAACGCUCCGAGCAGCAGGAGUCAUACGGCAACAGAGGCUAUGGAGAGUCCAGCUACGAGGAGAGACGAGAGACUCACGAGAGCUCCUAUGAAUCGUAUGAACAGCGCACCGAGCGAAAUGAGUACCGUUCCACCGAGGACAGCUACGGCGGUGGUUACGAGCAGAGAAGAAGCGACAGCAGGGGGUCUGAUGAUAACCGUAAGAAGCACAGCCACGAGCACCAUCACCAUCACCAUCACCAUCACCAUCAUCAUAGUCAUAGUCGUGGGUCUGACGAUGAAUCAGGGAGAGGAUAUAGCCGCCGAGACGAUGACGAAGACAACAGCUAUGAGCGCCGUGAAGAAUCUAGCUACGAACGCCGCGAAGAGGGCGGCUACGGCAACAGUGGUUACGGACGCCGGGACGAGGAUAGCUACGGCGGCGAGUAUGGAUCUCGUGAGGAGGGUGGUUAUGGCGGGCGACGCCACCACCGUGAUGACGAUGACGAGGCCGACGAUUCUGAGUACAGAUCCCGCGACCGAGGCGGCAACAGCGGCGGCUACAGGUUUUAG